AUGAAUACAAAUCAGAAUGAACUGAAUAUAGAUGCGACACAAUUACGUUCACAAAUAAAUGCAUUUCAAUCCGAAUUAGAAACAAUUCGAACCAAAGUUCAGAGAUUAACUGAUGAAAAUGAUUCUCUGCGAAAUGAAUUACGACGUACUAAAGAAGAGAAAUUACCAGGCAGCCGCGCUGACACUCUUUCGAAUUUGAAUAGCAAUCCUGUUAUUGAAAUUCAAAAACAAAAAAUCGAAGCACUGGAAGAAGAGAGAAAUAAUGCGAUGCGUUUAUAUGAAGAAAGUAAACAACAUAUAUUCCAAUUAGAAGCAGAAAAUAAUGAUUUAAAAGAUCCAUUAAAGCCCUAUUUAAUCAAAUUCGAAAUGCAAGGAAAACAGGCACAAGAGGAACACGCACGAGCAGAAGUACAAUUAGCUCAAGAGAUUCACAUGAUACGCGAGGAGCUUUUAAAACGCAGUCGAGAAUUAACAAAUGCACAAUUACGUGUGAAAGAAUUAGAACGACAGAACGAACACCUUCAAGCUGAAGUUUAUCGAAAACAAGAUGAUUUACGUAACCAUUUGAAAAAAGAAAAUGGAUACGAUGGCACAUUUGUUGCAUUUCAAAGUUCGAUUGAUGCAUUAGAAGUUAGACUUGAACAUGCAGCAAGGGAUAAAGAAAAUGCUCUACAACAACGCGAUGACAUGGAAACCAAACUGAAAGAUUUAAUUCAACAAAAUCAUUCGUUACAGGAAAAACUGAAUGAUACAAUGGAGCAAUUACAACAUCAAGUCCAUUUUCAAACAACCGUUGAACAUACGGAUAAUACGAAUGGACAUGAUCAGCAUACGCAUGAACAAAUGCAUCGAACUAUCAACGAAUUAAUUGAACAAGCAGCUGUAAAAACACGCUCUGCUGUUGAAGAAGUUCGAAAACAAUAUAACGAAAAUCUGGAACGAAUCAUGCAAGAAUACAAUGAUAUGGAAGCGGAAUUAAAUAAAAAACAAAUCGAAUUCGAUAAAUGUUUACGCUCGAAACGAACAGUCGAAGACGAAUUAGAAAAGAUUUUACAAGAACGUCGAUUCAACUUAGAAAAAAGUACGAUUGAUAAUGAAGAUCUUGGCAAGCGAUGUUUUCAUGCUGAGCGUGAACGUGAUGAAAAUCAGUUGAAACUCGAACAAAUUCAACAAUCUUAUAAACUCCUACAACAAUCCUUUGAAGCUGAAAAGGCCAAUCAUCAGUUGAAACAAAAAGAAUUAACUGACCGUUUACAAAAGAUCAAUAACGAUCUAGAGAAAAUGACAUUGGAUUACACGUCAACAUUUACAGAAUUAAACGAAUUGAAGAAACGAUUGUCAACAAAUCAGAACGAACAGACUUUGCUACAACGGCGAAUAACCGAAUUAAUAAAAAGACAUGAGGAACAAAUGGUUGAGAAAGAAGCCGAUUGUCUAUCACGUUUGAAACAAAGAGAUGAAAUCAAUCGAACAACGUUCAAUGAACUACGUAAUCUUGUCAAUCGACAACAACGAAUGAUUGUCAAGUAUAAAGAAGAAUGUCAUACAAUCGCUAGUCAAAGUGAAUUGAAAAUGAGUGAAUUAAAACAAAAGAUGGAUAAUUUACGCGGACGAAAUGAACAGUUACAAUCUGAAAUAGGAGAUGUCAAACGCAAAGAAGCAGAAACGGAGAGACUACUAGCGAAGAAUGCAAAUCGUAUCAAAACAUUAGAACAAUCUUUACACGAUACAGAAGAACAAGCAAUUGAAGCGUCACGACGCGCUGCUAAACAAUUAGUUCGCGAUCGGUUAGCUAUAACACAAGGCGAUCAUUAUUCAUAUUCAGCAUAUCGACCGAAUCAUUCAACUUCGUUAUUCAAUUUAACAUCGUUUUCACCACCGAUUGCUCCUCCUACUGAAAGUAUCGAGCAUCCUUCCGAUGAAAAAUAA